AAAGCUAGUUGCACAUCUAGUCAGUCAAUCAGUCAGCCUUGUUUGAGCAGGUCCGCGAUGACCUGGAUGCUGCUCUCCUCGGCGUUGACGUCGCCCACAUAGAUAACUUUGCCCUUGCCCACCUUGGCGCAGGCCACGCCCACCAGCCCCGGCUCCGUCGGCCUGGGCGCCCACACCAGGCUGGUCGUCACCGACUCAUCAGUCGACACAUACAUCCGAUGCGCCUCAGGGACGUCCCUGCACACAGUAGAGGGCACGCCAUGACACACACCGAGUUGCAGCCGCUUGACAGUGUGUGUGUGUGUGUGUGCGUACUUGAGUGAGCAGCAUUUGUUGUUGAUGGCCUGUAGGGAGCACGACCGCGACGCGCGGCGCGUCCUGUAGAAGCUGGUCCUUUCGUACUCCGAUCGCUCCCACGGCAAGCCACACUGUGUUGUGCGACAUGGAUGGAUGGAACACACACACACACACACACACAGAGAGAGAGAGAGAGAGCAACACAUGAGGAGGAGAAGCAAUCAGGUGACGCUGAUCCUGUUUGCACCUUGCGGAGGAAGGCUUCGACAAACGGCACCGGCCCGUUCUGAGGCACCAGCACUGCCGUCGUGCCCUCUUCAGCUACCAUCGUGUGCAGACGCUUGACUAGUCCAUCAAUCUGACGACGGACCUGCAUGCACAGGCAGGCAAGUGGACGCGCGCAUGACACAAUGUCACACAAUGCCACUUCACUUACCACCCACCCGGGAAAGCUUCAGAUCAUUUCUGAAGACAGGGUCGAACACCAUCGCCAGAACAACAGCAGACGGCUUCCUCCCUGCGCACACCACACACAGCCAGAGGGACCAAUCUGCCUGUCUGUCCGUCUGUCUGUCUGCCUGCCUGUGGUGUGCCUGUGUACCCUGCAGCAGCCCCAGGAUGUCGGGUUUGUUCUUUUUUUAAUGAUCCAGGACGGGGCGACUUGUUCAGCGCUCUCCGAGAAGAAAAACCCGGGGGAGGAGUCAAAGACCAGCACAUAGGGGAAGAGCCCAAGACGGGCACAGAUCCGGCUGAUGAUCUGUUCGGCUUUCAGUAAACAGCAAGCAAACAAACCUUGCUUCGCUGCUGGAUGGCGCCUCUUGCAACACACCCAGACGCUCAU